AUGCCACCAAACCAAUCCCGCCCAUCAUCCCACCAAAACACCACAAGACCUGCUGGCCAGGCACCACCACCACCACCAAUCCGCCCAUCGGGCAUCGAGUCCCCGCCAACCCUCUCCUCCCUCGCCACCGCCAUCUCCUCGCUCCGCCGCGAAAACACGGAGCUGCGCAACAGGGUCGCAGCCCUAUACCCCAACACCACGCACGACCUGCGGCACGCCCAGCUCAGCAACGUCGUGGCCGCCGUCCGAGCCAGCAUAACGCAGCAAAUCCGCAUGCAGGAGGCGGCCAUCUCGGCGCGGCAGCGCCGGCAGGAGGAGGCGUUCAACAGGACGAUGAAGGACGUGCAGGCGCACUUCACGCGGCGGGUGGAGGGGAGUGUGCAGAUGUUGGAGAGGCGGUUUGCGGAGCGGGUGGGGGACGAGUUGCGGAGUGGGCCGGGGAGACUGGCGGUUGAUGAGGCGGCCACGAGGGCGGCGGAGAGGGUGUGUAGGGAGUAUGGGGAGCGGGCGGAGGAGAGUGCGGGGAUGUUGGCGGGGGCGGUGGAGGAUGCUGUGAGCAGGGCGGUGAGGGAGGGGAGGGAGAGUGUGGAGGAGGGGUUGCGGGAGAUGAAGAGGGAGGUUGGGGAGCGGAUGGCGGCGGUGGAGGAGGUGCUUGCGCGGGUUGUUGCUGGGGAGGCGAGCGGGGGGGAGGGGAGUGGUGGUGGUGGUGAGGAGGAGGAGGUUGUGGAGAGGGAGGGAGAAGGGGGUGGUGAGGCGGAGGGGAGCCGGAAGAGGGCUCGUGAGGAGGAGGGAGAGGCGGAGGUGGUGGAGGAGAGGCCGGCGCCGAAAAAGGCGCGGAGGACGGCAAAGGGGCGUUCGGCGAAGGGGAAGGAGCGUGUGGAGGUGCGGAGGACGGGGCGGAAGAGGGUUGCGAGGACCUUCUAUGAGCCGUGA